CUGAUGCCCCGCCUGUGGAAAAACAAUAAAACAUAUACUAGUAUUCAUUUAGAACCAAUCAAACAUGGACAAACUGGGAUUGGGUUGUCCCUUUUCGUUUCUGGGCGGAAAGCAGCUGGAAUCGAGUGGCGGACCCAGCAUCCUGGAUCUCAACUACGAGAUCUACCUGGAGAUAUUUUCACACUUGAGUUCUCUGGAGGAUCAGCUAAAUUUGGGCCGAGCACACCCACUAUUCCGGAAUGUGCUAACCGACUUGCUGCGAACGCGCUACAAAAAAAUCAAUGUGCGGAUUCUGAAAGCCAUUACGGACUGGGAGUUCGUGCUACGGCUGUGCGGCACCGAAGUGUCCAGAUGUGAGAUGCCCCACGGUCGGUGGGACGAGCCCUUCACCUACCCCUUCCUGGAGCUCCUGGGACGCCACUGCACCAAUCUGCGACAGGUAGUCAUCAUAUUCAUGCACGCCGUCACAGAGACGCCGCCGGAAACGGGGGACAGGGGUCAUAUCAUGCAGCUGCUCCUGGAGCUACCCAGUCUGACCGAUCUCACCCUGAUCGACUCCAGAUCUGCACAGUUGGAUCAGUUACAACACUUCACAAAGCUGCAGACCUUGGACUUGGAUGGAAUCGAUCCGAACCUUAGUGACCCCGCCUUCCAGCAGAUGUUCGAGAACAAGACCAGCCUGAAGCAACUCCUGCUGAACUUCAACCGGAAUCACAGGAGAUCCCGCCAAGUGCCCCAGUUGGCAGAUAAGUUACCGAACUUGGAGCACCUGACUCUCGAGAACUUCGACGUUGACUUUCCAGAAUUCGGUGAAUUCAAAACGCUCAAGUCGCUGCAAUUAAUAUCCCGCUGGAGAGCGGAAGUGUGCAACGACUUCUACAGAUCGGUGGCCAGGCGCAUAGAUAACCUCCAGAAGCUACAGCUCAUUUCGGUUCGCGUUCGAGGCGAUCAAGUGCAUCACAUUCUGGCCAUAAGCCAGCUGAGGGCUUUGGAUUGCGACAACUGGCCAACUCAGUCGGUGGAGCAACUGAGUCAGUUGACAGAUCUCGAGUGUCUUUCUCUGGAUUCCAUUGGCACGCCCGCGAACGCAGGUCGUCAACUCCUAUCCCUAAUACAGAACUGUAAUAAACUAAACCACCUAAAGCUGGGCAAACGUUGGAAAAUGCCCAUCAGUGAUGUAAAUGCCCUUCUGACCAAAGUGCCAAACAUACGAUCGUACCCGAAAAGUAAACUUCAGCUUACCUUUGACUUUAUCAGCAUAUUGGAUACCCAAGAAAAGUUGAAGAAGCUUUUCAGGGAUCAUGAGCACUUGCGAGUCUCCUUCAGGGGAGCCACCUGUCACCACUGUCAGCCCGACACCCACUCAAAAUGCGAAUCCAUCUUUGGGUAAAAUUGAACUCACCUCGCAGUGGGACGCUUCUAUGGCAACUGUUAGCCUCAAAAUCCAAUCGUUGUAGCCAAUUCCCUUCGCCCCAAAUUCAUCUUGCUUGCCUUUAUAAUCAUAAACAUCCUUGCCAUCCAAAUGGUCAAACCAUCUUUGCGAAUCCAUAAUGAUCAAUGGCAGCGGUUCAACCGUCUCCAGGUGAAAAUCAAACGCAGGAUGCCACAAAACACAUGUGGCAUGGGAGUCAGUAAAAAAUUGCUGAGCUAAUUAUAAUAUUUAAAACCUCUUACACUGUUGAAUAUGUUUAAAAACUUGCCAAGAA